AUAUUAGAUCAAUUGUGUAGUUCGUAUAAUGUUAUUUAGCCUGUGAAACAGACUGAAAGGAUAAUGAUCAGCUCACUUUCAGGAAUGUUUUUGUGUGUGACUCUCCUGACUGUCUGCAACUUUAUGGAAUCUCAAUCAGUGGUUGGUCCAGAAUCCCCUCCUGUUGCUGUAGCUGGUGAAGAUCAGGUUCUGCCCUGUUUCAUCAAACCCGACACCAGUGCAGUGGACAUGACAGUGGAGUGGAGAAGAGAAGAUAAAGGGUCUUCAUUAGUUCAUGAAUAUAAGGAUCGUGGAGAAAAAACUCCGGCUCAGUCCUACAGAGGUAGAACAUCACUGUUUAAAGAGGAGCUUCGGAAAGGCAACGCUUCACUCAAACUCUCAGCUCUCCGAGUCUCUGAUGAAGGAGAAUAUAAGUGUCUCAUUUAUGACGAAUCCUGGUAUGAUGACAUCACUUUUCAUGUUAUUGUUGAGGCUCAGGGAAACCACCCAGUGAUCAGGAUGGAGAGUUAUGAUAACUCAGGAGGGAUUAAUCUAGUGUGUGAGUCCAGAGGCUGGAAACCUGAACCUGAGGUUCUGUGGCUGGACAGAGAAGGAGCCACUUUGCCUGCUGAAGAUACACAGAUACACAGAGACACUGAGGGCUUCAGUGUUAAACGCCGCAUCACUGUUUAUGAUUCUAGCGACUCCAAAAGGUUUUAUUGCAGACUCCUUCAAAAACAUCACAUGAUGGAGACACACAUUAUUAUUAAUAGUGAAUUCUUUGGUGUUUGGAAGUGGGCUGUUGGCACUACUGCUGUAGUAUGUCUUUUUGCUUUUGGACUGAUAGUAAUUGUGUUUGUUUGUAUUUUUUUUGCCUGUUGUGUAUAAAAUUAGUGAGC